GUGCCUGGCUUCAGCUUUGUUGAUACCAGAAAUGAAAAUCUUCUUGACCUUCGCUGUCGUGAUCAUAAACGCUGUCAUUUGGGAAGGAUGCAGCAGCAACGGUGGUGGAACUACUACUGCCUCUCCGGCCACUACAGCUCCCGGCACUACUCAACCUCCAGGGCCUACUACAACUCAUGGGCCGACUCCCUCUCCGGGACCACCUCCCAUUGGCACUUUCUUGCUCGAUGAGACUCUGCCCAUCGGUGGCUCUGUAACCGGCAGGCUCGUUUCCUCUGAUGCUGACCCUGAUAAUCUUGUUAUUACAACGAUACUCAUUCAAACGAAUUCUACGCCUCCAAGUACACUUUUCAACAACACGUCGCCUGUGCCGUUCCACAUGGAAGGAGCUAGGGUUGUUCUGGACGAUACCAGCGUCUUUCCACCUUUGCCCCGAGUAACUAUUGACAGUGCCGUUAUCACAUACCUGCCCCCCGAUGAUAUUCAGAUUAACAUCACUCAACCAGCUCAAUUUUCUGUCACACUACAUCGUGCUCCACCUUCAAGGCUCAUUUUGAAUGUCUGAGCGCUGCUUC